AUGUCUGCUGAAUUAGGAGCCAAGUAUCAGAGCUUACAGAAUGAGUUAGAAGAGUUGGUAACGGCGAGACAGAAGCUGGAAACGCAAUUGCAAGAGAACAAGAUUGUCAAUGAGGAGUUUGCCACGUUGAAAGAAGAUACAGUGGUGUAUAAGCUUACAGGUAACGUACUUCUUCCGGUUGAGCACGAUGAUGCCAAGAACAACGUCGAUAAGAGGUUGGAGUUCAUCGGUGAGGAGAUCAAACGCUGUGAAGAUAACAUAAGAUCAAAGCAGCAAGAACUAGAGACGAUUAGAGGCCAGUUGAUUAGUCAACAGAAAUAG